AUGAAUACAAGGCUUAGCAAAAGAGCCAAGGAAGGAAAUUUGGAAGACAGAAUCUCAAGCCUCCCAAAAAAUGUUCUAGAUAAUAUCCUAGAUUUCUUGCCCGUCCAAGAUGCAGCGAGAGCAAGUAUUUUAUCAAGAAAGUGGAGAUAUGUUUUGGCUGAAUAUCCGCAGCUUGUGCUUGAUGAACAUUUUUCCAGUGCGAUCAGGCAAAACAGACUGCCUGUGGAAUUCACCGACGACUACCCACACACAGUGAAUAUAAUCCUCUUACAACACUUUGGACCUAUCCGGAAAAUUGUUCUUGACCUGCCAGAACUGCAGUCAGCGAGAACCACCCAUGUUGAUCAGUGGAUUCUAUUCCUAUCAAGGAAGGGCGUCAGAGAACUCACUCUCAAUGACUCGAGUCGCGGUCAUUGCCGAAUACCUUCUUGCAUUUUCUCUUUUCAUGAACUCGAGUAUCUACGCAUGACCAAAUGUGUUCUCAGAACACCAACUGCCAUUGGAAGCUUCAGUAAGCUCACUCACCUCUUUCUCAGCAAAAUCACCUUUGAACCAUCAUUCCUCAGGAUGCCUCAACUCCUCAUAUUCAGCAUGAAGAAUUGCACCGGGAUCCGUUUGUUACAUGUAUUUGCUCCAUUGCUUCAACACUUGGCUCUUUUUGACAAUGAUGAUCUCCGAUUGGACUAUUAUAUCAUCUGCAAAGAUUUAGCAUAUACAUAUGUUGCACUGUCAAAUGCAAUUCAACAGUGUAGAUUUUGUGCAUUCUUUGGAGAUUUGGGUGAUUAA